GUGCAUGAGAAUCUCAAUUUUAAAACCAUAUGCUAUUAUGGGCGGAAGUGGUUUGCACUGUGCAGAGAAAAACUAGCUAUAGCAUUGACAAUGGCGUCGUCGAUGAGCGGUUCCACCGCAGCUAGGACUGUCUUGAUAACCGGAGUGAGCAGAGGUCUCGGCAGAGCCCUAGCCGUGGAGCUUUCUAAAAGAGGCCACACUGUGAUUGGUUGCUCCCGCACCCAGACUAAGCUCGAUUCCCUCCAGUCCGAGCUCACCUCCCCCGACCGCCACCUCCUCCUCGCCGUCGACGUGAGGUCGAAUAGCAGUGUUGAGGAGCUUGCCCGUGUUGUAAUGGAGAAGAAGGGUGUUCCAGAUAUUAUAGUAAAUAAUGCAGGUACUAUCAAUAAAAACAACAAGAUUUGGGACGUUCCUUUAGAAGAAUUUGAUACAGUGAUUGAUACAAAUGUAAAAGGGAUAGCUAAUGUGCUGCGUCACUUCAUCCCUCUGAUGCUUCCAAAUAAGCAAGGAAUUAUUGUUAACAUGUCUUCUGGAUGGGGCAGAUCUGGAGCUGCCCUGGUUGCACCUUACUGUGCAUCAAAGUGGGCUAUUGAGGGAUUAAGCAGAUCAGUGGCAGAGGAAUUGCCUGAUGGCAUGGCAGUUAUUGCACUUAGUCCAGGAGUGAUAAAUACUGAGAUGCUUGAAUCAUGCUUUGGAGCUUCAGCUUCCCCAUACCAGACACCUGAGGCAUGGGCUUUGAAGGCAGCAACAAUGAUACUCAAUCUUACGGCAGCUGACAAUGGAGCCUCUCUCACUGUCUAACAAAAGCUGGAAUUGACAUCAUAGAUAUCCCGUUGUGGUUAGAAGCUGUUGACGAAUUCAAUCGGAAUUUCCCCUUAAUAUAAUCACCAUAACCACACAUUUCUGCUUUAUGUUUUAAGUUACUAACAACAUGGAACAGCUUAUUUUUGUCAAUAGAGGCACAGAACUUCUCUAGAGUUUGCAAUUAAGGAAUUCAUAUUAACAUACACACACAAAACUUUGUAGUCGUUUCAACUUGGAUAUUAUUGUUGGCCUCUCAGUGCCUUAUUGUAAAAUAUUCCGUAAAUAAAUAUUUCAGAUAUCU